AUGAGCGCACCAGGGGUCACCAACGGUGGAACAGGGGGUACCUGUACUGCCCCCGUUCCCGGUGCAUCAAGGCCCGGUGACACCAGCGCAGGGGCCGGAAACACCGGUGGGACCGGCAUAGGCGUGCCAAGGGUUGCUGACCUUGUUGACCACUGCGGCGGAGCCGGGAACGCCAGUGGUGCUCUAGCCGUAGGCGCGCGCGUCGGCACCGGUACUCUAAACACAAGUGCUUCAUCUCGUGCCAACCGUUCUGUCACCGUUCCCGGCGUAUCAAGAGCCGGUGACACCAGCGCAGAGGCCGGAAACACCGGUGGGGUCGACAUAGGCGCGCCAAGGGUUGCUGACGUUGUUGACGGCAGCGGUGGACCCGGAAACGCCGGUGGUGCUGGAGCCGUAGGUGCGCGCGUCGGCACUGGUAUUCUAAACACAAGUGGUGCAUCUCGUGCCGACCGUACUAACACCCUUCCCGGUGCAUCAAGGGUCGGUGACCCCAGCGCAGGGGCCGGAAACACCGGUGGGGCAGACAAAGGCGCGCCAAGGGUUGCUGACGUUGUUGACGACAGCGGUGGACCCGGAAACGCCGGUGGUGCUGGAGCCGUAGGUACGCGCGUCGGCACUGGUAUUCUAAACACAAGUGGUGCAUCUCGUGCCGACCGUACAAGCACCCUUCCCGGUGCAUCAAGGGUCGGUGACCCCAGCGCAGGGGCCGGAAACACCGGUGGGGCAGACAUAGGCGCGCCAAGGCUUGCUGACGUUGUUGACCGCUGCGGCGGAGCCGAGAACGCCAGUGGUGCUGGAGCCGUAGGUGUGCGCGUCGGCACUGGUACUCUAAACACCAGUGGUGCAUCUCGUGCCAACCGUUCUGCCACCGUUACCGCUGCAUCAAGGGCCGGUGACACCAGUGAAGGAGCUGGAAACGCCGGUGGGACCGGCAUAGGCACGACAAGGGUUGCUGGCGUUUUUGACGGCACCAGUGGACCCGGGAACGCCGGUGGUGCAGGAGCCGUGGAUGCGCGCGUCCUCACCGGUACUCUAAACGCAAGUGGUGCAUCUCGUGCCGACCAUACUACCACCCUUCCCGGUGCAUCAUUGGCCGCUGACACCAGCGCAGGAGCCGGAAACGCCGGUGGGGCCGGCAUAUCCGCGCGAAGGGUUGCUGACGUUGUUGACGGCAGUGGUGGACCCGGGAACGCCGGUGGGGCUUGA